AUGGAUAUUCAUGUAGACAUAGAUAGCAUGUCUGUAGAGAAUAUGCGCCGUUCUGCUCGCAUAAAGAAACUAACAGAAAAAGCAAUCAUGCAAAAGAAAGAUGAUGAGUUGCAGGGCAAAUUUUAUUCAGAACACCUUGACCUGCUAACAACCCUAAAGGACACUGAUAGAUUGCUCUCUUCAGUCCCCAUUAACGAAAAUGAACUUUCUCUGCGGAAAUCUGAUAUUUCUGCAAGAUUCGAUUCUCUGCGAAAAGUUGCAAGUGAACUUGAAGAAAUUCAAGGCGGUGUGAAUGAGGACAUAGCCAAGCAUUUAGAUGAGCUUUCCCCAAUUAUUGUAGACACAAUUUCAAAAAUUGUGGUUGCCGUUUCUGAAUCACGACGGGAAACAUUCAUUGAAGCACCCUCUGUUUCAAAGAAGUCUGCUGCGUCUAAGAUGUCGAAAAUGUCUACAAUUUCUUCAAAAAGGGCAGUUGUAGUAGCUGAAGCGGCAGCAUUGCAAGAGAAACUUGCUGCUCACAAGCGCCAGAAUGAAUGCCAGAUGGUGUUAGAACGCCUCGAGAUGGAAGAAGAUGCUCGAAGGAAAGAAGCAUCACUCAAGAUAGAACAGCUACGAAGAAAACUAGAAGAGGAACGCCUAGAAGGUGAACUAAAGGCACAGGAGGCAAUGAUAAGAGUGUAUGACGAAGUAGAAGAUGAUGGUGCGUCAACAGAUACGAUGAGAUCGACAAAACAAUUGAUUAAAUCCCCUAAUCAAGAUGACAAAAGGGUUAAGUCGCAAAAACAUGACGCCUCCAUUGAUCCUCCUCUCACAAAGAGCAAGGCCUUAAAUCCUGAUUCACCUGUCUUCCAGCCAUCUCAUUCUUCAAGCGAGGCCCAACAGAAUGAAAGUCUAGCAGAAGUUCUCACUCGAACGAUGACACUUAGUCGGUUACCAAUUCCUGAGCCUCCAGUAUUUAUGGGUGAUCCUCUCCAAUAUCCUAACUGGCUAUCAGCUUUCACAACUUUAAUUGAAUGUCGUGGAAUUCCCUCUGGUGAAAGGAUACACUACCUAAGAAAGUACAUUGGAGGAUCAGCAAGAGAGGCUGUCAGCGGCUUCUUUUUGCUGAGGUCUGAGAAAGCAUAUGAACAAGCCAGAGAAAUACUUGAGAAGCGUUUCGGCAACCCCUUCACCAUUUCAGAAGCCUUUCGAUCCAAACUUGACUCGUGGCCAAGGAUCGGCAAUAGGGAUUCCAAAGGCCUUCAGAAACUUUCAGAUUUCUUGCAACAAUGUCUUCAAGCAUCAUCAGAAAUCAAAGACUUGGAAAUCUUGAAUGACAUUCGGGAGAUGAGCAAAAUUUGCAUGAAACUUCCGGAUUGGAUUGUACACAGAUGGAAUCGCACGGUAGCGAAAGUCAAGAAAGACAAUGGCAGGUAUCCAUCAUUCAGAGAAUUUGUCUCAUUUCUAUCAGAAGAAACUGAUAUUGCCAAUGAUCCGUAUGUUACAUAUGACACAGUAAAGGCAGGAAAAGACAAGAAUCAUAACGAUGCUUUCCAGAUACAGGAAGAAAGCAAGAAUCCUACAUCUCGUCAACAAAGGACAACCUUCUCUGUAGCCAGCAAGACAAGCACUACCCAGAAGACAUGUGUCCUCUGCAAACGGCAGAAUCAUGGGUUGAAUGAGUGCUGGGACUUCAAUCAGAAAACUUUGGAGCAAAGGAGAGAUUUAGUGAAGAAAGAAGGUCUUUGCUUCGGAUGUCUCUCCAAAGGUCAUAUGUCAAAGCAGUGUCAAAAAAGGGCUGAGUGCAAGAAGUGCAACAAGCGCCACCCAACAAGUCUACACAAUGAGACACUAAAUCAGCUGUCUACGGAAAGAAAACAUGAUCAAAGUGAGGCACAGUCUACUCAGACCAAAGAAGUUACCAAGGAGAAAGAAGCUUCUUGCAACAGAGUCAGGUCAGAUGUAGAUGUUUCUCUCACAUCGAUGGUGCUGCCUGUUUACCUAUCUAGUUUGGAUGACCCUCAGAAGGAGAUACUAGUAUAUGCCUUACUAGAUACGAUGUCGGAUACAACAUUUAUCACAGAUAGUAUUGGAAAUGACCUACAGGUGUCCUCUGAAACUGCGAUGUUAAGUUUGACUACAAUGACAGAUUCCAAGACAAUUCCAUGUAGGAAAUUCAAGAAUCUUGUCGUUCGAGGUUUUAAGUCAGCAGUAAAGAUACCUCUUCCUGCUGCAUACUCCAGGGACUCCAUCCCUCUUGAUGAAGCUCAUAUCCCCACAGAAGAGACAGCCAACAAGUGGACUCACUUAAACAAUAUCUCGAACCAGCUCGCACCAAAGCAAGAUUGCCCCAUAGGUCUGCUCAUUGGAUACAAUUGUGCCCGGGCUCUUGCACCAAAGAAUUGCAUUCUUGGAAAGAAUGAUGAGCCAUUUGCAGUAGAGACGGAGUUGGGAUGGAGCAUCGUCGGUGGUUCUCAGAACGACUCCACAGAGAGCUUUGACACGAUUGGGCAGACAUAUCGUACUGUCAAUGUGAAGGUAGCAGAUCCUAGUCUGACAGACAGUCAGUCUAAUGUGAAGUACAUUUACAAGACACAGUUAAAGGAAGUUACUGCUGGAGACUUCCUUCAGAUGAUGGAAAGAGACUUUCAUGAAUUAGACAGAAAGGAAACGAUGUCCCAGGAAGACAAGAAAUUUCUAAAGAUCAUCAAAGAUGGAAUCCACCAAAGGGAUGAUGGAUAUUAUGAAAUGCCCUUACCUUUCAAGAAGGGUGAACCUGAUCUGCCUGACAAUCGGAAAGCUGCUAUGAGCCGACUUCACGGAUUGAAAAAUCAGUUCCUGAAGAGACCAAAGUACCAUGAACACUACAUGACUUUCAUGAAUGAGAUUCUUAAGCGAGGUGAUGCUGAGAAGAUUCCCACAGAUGAAGUGUCUACUUCAAGCAGUUGGUAUAUACCACAUCAUGGUGUAUAUCACCCUAAAAAGCCGAACAAAGUCAGGGUCGUAUUCGACUGUAGUGCUCGAUACCAAGGAACCUGUCUGAAUGAUCAUCUUCUACAAGGGCCCGACCUGAUCAAUCCCCUUAUCGGAGUUCUGUGUAGAUUUCGCCAAGCACCUAUAGCCUUCACUUGCGACGUAGAAAAGAUGUAUCACCAGUUCCGUGUGACGAAGGAACAUCAAGACUAUCUCCGUUUCCUGUGGUGGGAGGAUGGGGAUCUCUCUAAGCCCCCAGUGGAUUAUCGAAUGAAGGUCCAUCUCUUUGGAGCCACUUCUUCUCCGGGAUGUGCAAACUUCGGGCUGAAGCAAAUAGCAGAAGACCACAAAGUCCUUGGUGUAGAAGCUGCAGAAUUCUUGAAGAGGAAUUUCUACGUCGAUGAUGGCCUAAAAUGUGUAUCCUCUGAAGAAGAUGCCAUUGACCUUAUCAAGAAGGCAGUGUCUAUGUGUGCCAAAGGUAACCUGCGUCUUCAUAAGUUUGUCUGCAACAAUCAACGAGUGACAAGCAGUAUCCCUGAAUCGGAACGAACUGUUGUUGCAAAGACUAGUCUGGAACUCGGUCAACAAGGCUCCACAUCAAUUGAAAGAGCACUUGGGAUACAAUGGUGCAUCAACUCAGAUGAAUUCUGUUUCAGACUAACCCUCAAAGAUCAUCCCCUGACAAGACGCGGGAUUCUUGCCACCGUUGCUUCCAUUUACGACCCACUCGGUUUGAUUGCACCUGUGGUUCUUGUUGGAAGACAGAUUGUCCAGGAAAUGUGUAGACAAAAGAUGGACUGGGACCAUCCUGUUCCUGAAGAUCUCCGUCCACAAUGGGAAAAGUGGAGACUUGAGAUUCUGAAACUUCCCAAAGUUACCAUCCCUCGUUGCUUCGAACCACAAGACUUUGGGACACCUCAGGAAGUGCAGCUCCACCACUUUUCAGACGCCUCCUUAUCAGGAUAUGGUCAGUGCUCCUACGUGCGUCUAAAGGAUGAAAAUGGCAAGGUCCACUGCUCCUUAGCCAUGGCAAAGGCAAGAGUGACUCCUCUAAAGCCAACAACAAUCCCAAGGUUAGAACUACAGGCAGCUACCUGCUCCGUAAGAAUUGCUAGUAUCCUAAAUGAUGAACUUGACUACGAUUCUCUCACGCACUACUUCUGGACAGACUCAAAAGUUGUUCUUGGCUACAUAUACAACGAGACUAGGCGCUUCCAUAUGUAUGUUGCCAAUCGUGUUGAACGCAUACUUCAGACUUCAUGCCCAGAACAAUGGAAUUAUGUAUCCAGUGCUGAGAAUCCUGCUGAUCAUGCUUCUCGAGGAUUGACGACAGAAGAAAUGCUAUCAUCCAACUGGCUUACAGGACCUACCUUUCUUUGGAAGAGUGAGAUUCCUACACAAGAUGUCGAUGUUGAGGUUUCUCCUGACGAUGUUGAAGUGAAAUCAGCAGCUACUGUUCAUGUUACACAGGUAGAGAACUUCACAUCUUUCGAAGAUAGAUUGACUCGGUUCUCCAGUCUUCAUAAUGCAGUGUCAGCAGUUGCAGUGAUAGUAAAGUGCUGCUACAGAAAGAAGGACCUGAGCAUUGAUGAAGUAGAAGCAAGACGAAUAGCGGAAAGGAAUAUUAUCCGUGCAAUUCAGAAAGAAGCAUUUCGUGAAGAAAGGAAGCAAAUCAAGUCAGAUCCCUCAGUCGGUUCAAAGUCCAACUCAUUGAAGCAGCUUGACCCUUUCCUUGAUAAUGACAAUCUUCUACGGGUGGGAGGUCCGUUGAAAAAGGCCGAGAUGAUGUAUGGUGCAAAACAUCCUAUCAUCCUACCAAAGCGAAGCCAUCUAUCCAACCUCGUUGCCUUGCACUAUCAUCAAAGAACUGCACAUCAAGGAAGAAAUCUGACCAUCAAUGCCAUUCGUUCCAGUGGAUAUUGGAUCAUUGGUUGCAGGAGUAUUGUCUCAUCUCUAAUCAGCAAGUGUGUAAUCUGUAUCAAAUCCCGAGGCAAGCCAAGAGGACAAAAGAUGGCCGAUCUACCUCAGGAUAGAGUAGACCCUUCUCCUCCUUUCACCUACUGUGGACUUGACUGUUUUGGUCCCUUUACUAUCAAGGAAGGAAGAAAGGAGAUAAAGCGAUAUGGGCUCAUUCUUACCUGUAUGGCUAUGAGGGCCGUACAUAUCGAAAUGCUAGACGAUCUGUCCACCGAUGCAUUUCUCAAUGGACUAAGAUGCUUCAUUGCUAUCCGGGGAAAUGUUCGCCUCAUUCGUUGUGAUCAAGGAUCUAACUUCAUUGGAGCCAAGCAUGAAUUGAAAAAAGGCCUCCGUGAAUUAGAUGGAGAUUGCGUUGCCACUCAAUUACUGAAACUUGACUGCGAAUUCAAGAUGAACCCUCCUUCUUCAAGUCACAUGGGAGGAAUCUGGGAACGACAAAUCAGGAAUGUCAGAAAUGUUCUCGAUGGAAUACUAGAACAGUCAGGAACUCAACUAAAUACAUCCUCUCUUCGAACGUUCCUGUACGAAGCUAUGGCUAUCAUCAAUAGCAGGCCAUUGACAGUUGAAGAUCUGGAAUGCGCGGAUGGUCCACUCCCCUUGACUCCGAAUCAUGUCUUGACCAUGAAGUCAGGUAUUGUGAUGCCCCCACCAGGAAAAUUUGAGAGAGAAGACCUCUAUCUCUCAAAAAGAUGGAGACGUGUGCAAUACUUAACAGAUCUCUUUUGGAUUCGUUGGAAGAAAGAGUAUCUUCACACCCUCCAAACCAGGAAGACCUGGCCAAAACAACAGCGAAACUUCGAAGUAAAUGACAUAGUCAUGCUACGAGACGAUGGUCUUUGUAGAACACACUGGAGUAUAGCCAAGGUUGUUCAGACUUUCGUAAGCGAUGAUGGCUUCGUUCGUCGAGUUAAACUUCUCAAGGCAACUCCGGACUUAGACAAGAAUGGAAAACCUCUCCAAAAGAGAACUGUGCUUGAAAGACCUGUCCACAAGUUGAUCUCCUUAGUCCCUAACUCCGACUAA